UGACGCAGAUUCCCGCGGCGAGAGGCCGGAGCCGGGGCGGAAGCCAAUGGCGGCGGAGGCGCCCGGCGCCCGACCCAGGACAAAGGAGGCGGGCGCCCCCUUUGUCGUCCCGCCGCCCGCUGGCGGGCUGUCCGCCGGGCCUGGCUGCGCGCGGGAGGGGAGCGCCCGAGCUCUGGGGUCUCGGGGCGGCUAGGUGAGCCGAGUCUGCGGGGAGGAGGAAAGGACGCUUAGCCGGCCCUUAGCGCCCACAGUUGGAACUUCGAAAAGA